UAGCGAAGUAGCUCACAGCAAUUAGCGAAUUACUUUUACACAGUAAGAGGCGCAAAACAGAGACUAAAAACAACCAAGAUCCUCAACGACUAUGCAAAGUAAGGUUUGCCCGCUCCAUCGAGGUUGGAGAAUAUGGUUUUCAAUCUCUGUCUGCCGCACUUUCACACUUCAGUGCAUUGCAACAAGCUUUGUGCAGAUGGCUAUGACGUCUCAAACCUUGUGUCAGCGGACCCUGCUCUCCGAAGGCGGGGCUUCAAGCUUGAGUACUUCCUACGUCCACCUGUGCAGGUGACAUUGAAGUUUGACUUCCAGGUGGAGCUGUGCAGGGUUGAUGUGGAGCUGUGGCCCUGGGGUAUGGACCGAGGACAGGCCUGCAAGAGGCUGGAGAUCAGCACCAGCUCUGACCCGCUACCCUCUGACAAUAAUAAACACAAACAGGUUCAGCAGAUAAAGGACCAGAAAGAACAGAGAGGAAAAAAACAGCGUGACUGUAAAUCUCGGCAGACUAACGGGAACCAGUGGAGUGUUCAGGCCCGUCAGUGGGGGGAACAGACUCUAGAUGAUCCUCAACAAAAAGGCCAUGCUUUUAAGUGCCAUUCAAACACUGGAUCCAGUGAUCCAGAACCAGAGUUCAAACUGGUAGGUCGCUGCGAGCUCAGGGAGGAGACACGCGUCUGUUUCGCACGUUUAAGUAAUGGUGGCAGCCGGCCCCAAUCCCUGCCCCCUCCUCAACCUGCAAACUGUCGCCAAGAGGAGCUGUGGAGCCGCGGUCUGCCCUCGUUGGGUGCUGUGACACAACUGCGUGUCACAGUGCCAUUCGGCGGUGCAGCCUCAGCUUUGGGGUUGAAGGCUUUGGUUGUUUGGGGACAACCUGCUCGCUGCUGUCCUCCAGAAGAAGUGGAGAGGAUUAAAAGAGUCCAUGAAGCCAAUCAAAGACAACUGCCUGCCCCUGUGUUAUUUACCGCCUCUGUCAGCAAAAAAAUAACGGCAUCACAAGCUGCCAAACCUACUAGCAAUCAUUCCGUCCCAGAGGAGUUCCUCGACCCGAUAACCCAGGAGGUAAUGAUGCUGCCCAUGCUGCUGCCCAGCGGCGUGUCAGUGGACAACAGCACACUGGACGAGCACCAGAAGAGAGAAGCCACUUGGGGUAGACCCCCAAAUGACCCCUUCACUGGCGUCCCAUUUACCUCGACCUCCCAGCCUCUUCCUAACCCACAACUGAAAAGCCGCAUCGACCUCUUUCUCUUGCAGAAAGGGAUGAUGGGAAGGGAUGGCAUGUUAGGGGGACAAGGGGAGGGAGAGAAUCCCCAGGUCUCCAGACUUUUAGCAUCUGAGGUGGAGACCCAGAAGUCUCCAAGUCAUAAUACAAACUCGACAAACAGUGCUGGUGUUGACUAUAAUGGUGGCAACAGGAACUCAAAUAGAAUCCCAACAAAAGAAGAGACUGGUUUAGGAUACUCUUCAGAAAACAGGAUUCACAUAUUUAGUUCCCAGCCUCUGACCACAGAGAAUGAUUCAGAGUUUAAAGGGAGAAGGAAACGAGAUCUAAGUGAUAUAACCAAAGAGUCCAAAGAGGAGCUGAACGGUGACAAGCAACUACUGCAGAAAACAAAAAGAGCAAAAAAUGACACAGUUUCAGUCUCGAGCUGCGACUCUCAUGAGCAGCGUUUGUCGGCCAGCCUGGACGAGGCCCUCUUCUCCGCUCUGCAGGGCCGGCCCUCCUUCACCACGAACUUGUCCCGGCAGAAAAAUGACUCUGAACCACUGAGCACCACUCUGCACGCUCAGACUGCAGGCACCCUAAACAUGCCAAGAGGUGACAAGACAUGCUCCAAUUGUUCCUGUUCCAUCUCGGUUUACUCCAAACCUGCAUCAUGCGUCUAUCGCCUAACCUGUGGUCACCUGCUCUGCGGUUCCUGCCUGCGGAGAAAAUCACAACCACUCAACUCGGCCACUGAAUCGACAUCCAAUCAUGUCUCAUGCCCUAACUGCCUGAGCCCUACGCCACGCAGUGACAUAACAAGAGUGCAUCAUUGACUGACGCUCAAACGGGCACAUUUACAUGUCAGAGCUUGUGAUGAAUCAAGACUGUUGAAAAGCCUUUCACCGAGCAGUGGUGUGUAGGUGCAGCCUUGGUUCUGCAGCCUUUGUACAGACUGUGGAUGGGUAGGGCGCACAAAGAAAAGGGUUGGGGGACGUGAGUACGGACAGCAAGAGGCCAGAAACAUUUCAACGGAAAUUGAGUCGACUCAAGGCCGUUUGGUCUUUGUGCUGAAACAGAGAGGGACAUGCUCAACCUUCUGCUCCGUCCCUCUUCACAAGAUUCACCACUUUACAUUUAACACAUUUCUGUAUAAUUUCAGGCAGCAUAUUAUUUAACAAAGGAAAACAAGAUAUUGACGAUGUACCACUCUUGUAAUGUGUUUUUCACUUGUAUUAAAUUGCACACGCUGGGAUGAA